UGUUCAACCAGCAAACCGUUUCCAGCUAGGAUUCGAGCAGAGGACCAUCUCGCGCCAUUGACGUCAUAAUGAGCAGGGCCAGCUAUAGGUUCGAUGACCUGUGACGCGUGUGUGUCCUUCCCGGCAUACAAUGGGAUGUGCGGCGUCCAUCAAGUUCGCGGACCUGAAGAACGAGUCCCUGCCGGAACCCGAGGCCCCUCUCCCGCCCGACCCCCGUCUGCCGCUCGAUCCCUGGCAGAAGUUCUACCUCGAGAAGUCGUGGAAAACCGUUGCGAGAAACAUCGACAAGGCAGGGAUGAUCAUGUUUGUGAAGUUACUCCGUGACUACCCAGAGAUCCAACAGAAGUGGCCCCAGCUGAAACACCUCACAGACGAAGAGGUUACGAAAAGUGUCUACCUCAUGAACCUCGCCACGCGGAUCUUUGACACGCUGGACCACGCCAUCGACUCACUGGGAGACCUGGACUAUCUCAUACCGCUGUUGAAGAGGCUGGGACAGAUGCACGCCGACAUGAAGAUCAUGGAUCCGGAGGAUAUCUGGAAAAUGGAGAGGCCGUUUCUGGAGUCUGUGCGCGCCUGCCUGGAGGACAGGUUCACCUACAAGUACGAGGAGAUCUACAGCAAAUUCAUCAUCUUCAUCAUCGAGACUGUCGUCAUCGGGUUCGAUCCCCACUGACAAUUGUACAAAUGGUCCUGUAAAACCCCAUUUUCAGGCCCAAUAGCCCCGAAGGAGCUCGACAUGACCUGCAAAUUCGUCAUCAACACCGGGUACGGUUCGACUCCGUCUGAUUUUCACAAUACAAAUCGUUUGUUACAAGCCCUUCAACAUACUGCUCUGCAAGACCCCAUACCCACUGGCUAAAUUCACUUGAUGAUGAACCUUUUUUAUUGGAAUUGUUACUUUUGGGCUGCUGUGAUUGAGUUUUCAUGAUCUUUGAUCGGCAGGGGAAUCAUUACGUAAAAGGAGUUCGCGGAACUUGCACGGAUAAACAGUUUAUUGGGACAACACUUUACGGUUACGGGUUCCAACAGAUGGAGCCAAAUAUCUGCUUGGCGAAUAGGUUAGGUAGCCUUUGAUGAAGAAUAGACCUAUUUUCGCCAUAACUUUAGAUCUGAAAAGGUUACAGUCGAAACUACAGUUACAUUGAAGUAUAAAUCUGACGGCGACAAUGUAAAAUAAUACGUUCUGUAAAUAGUGUAAAACGUUACAACCUACAGACAACUAUGUUAAUUUUGAGCAAUGCAGCACCGCCCUCUUGCGAGAUUUGUACAAUUGCAAACAUAGGCGUUGCAAAAAUGAGAAACUGUAUGAAGAAACCACCUACCUCUGAAUUGUCAAUUGUUACAUCUAACAUUGAAUACAUUUUCAUAAGUUUUCAUUGAAGAAGACUUAAUAUAUUUCCAAACGUCCUGAUAUGUGAAGUGAAACUUUACCUUCUUUUCCGGAAAAGCCAUUUAGAGUAUUGCUGCCUUGCUGUCUACCUUAAAAAGAGUGCUUGAAUGUAUAUAGAUUCUGAGCGCUGACUGAAACAUUUUUGCACAAACCCUGCUAUGCAAUAUGUAUCCUCCUGCUAUCAUAACCAUAGUUAUUACCUUAAAACUUCCAAGCAGAAGUGAUAUACUGUUUUUGGCUUUGUAUGCAAGCCAGGUUUAACUUCACUUAUGUAGUGUAGAGAAUCUGUAGAUAGCUGCGAUUUGUUAAAACCCUACAGGCGAAACCCUACAGUGUGUUGUAAGCUGUCACUGGACUUUCUAAGGCUAACACGCUACUGAUAUAAAUUUAGUUCCAUGCAGAAUCACUUGUGAAAAUAGAUUGGUUGUUGAUGUUUAAGAUUUGUCUAAGAUCUCAUAGCAAGUCACAUGUAGUUAAGUGGUCCUAUACCAUUUUAUUGUACAUAAAUGAAGCAAGAAAGUAAUUUUGAUGCAUGUUAUACUGAGAUUAAAUUUUCAAAGACACCUCAAAUCAGUUGUCAAUGUUUUUUUCUUCCUGGUAAGCAAAUUUCAUGUUUCAUGUAAUUUCUAGUAUAGACUAUUGAAUGCAUUAGCGAUGUCACCAUAAUCUGUUACAUAUCCAUGAAUCUCUAUUCGGGUAUCAACAUUA